AUGAAAAACCUUACUACAUUGACUGAGUUCAUCCUACUGGGCCUGACAGAUGCCUCUGAGUUUCAGAUUGUGAUUUUCCUCUUUCUCUUUCUCACCUACAUGUUUAGCAUCAUGGGCAAUCUGAUCAUCAUCAUCCUCACAUUGGUAGACUCUCAUCUGCAAACUCCCAUGUAUUUCUUCCUUCGAAAUUUUUCCAUUUUAGAAAUUCUCUUCACAUCUGUUUUUACUCCCAGACUGUUGUUCAGUAUCACCACAGGAAGCAAAACCAUAAGCUUCGUUGCCUGCUUCAUUCAAUAUUUUUUUGCCAUAUUCCUAGGGGCCACUGAGUUUUAUCUCCUUACUGCCAUGUCCUAUGAUCGCUAUGUUGCCAUCUGCAAGCCCCUACAUUACACAACCAUCAUGAGCAGCAAAGUCUGUAUCCUGCUCAUCUUCUUUUCUUGGUUGGUUGGGUUCCUGAUUGCUGCCCCAGCAAUUAUAAUGGCAAGUCAUCUGAAUUUCUGCUCAUCCAAUACCAUGAAUCAUUAUUACUGUGACACUGCUCCACUUUUGAAGCUCUCCUGUUCAGACACGGGUCUGGUAGAGCUAGUCGAUUCUCUCUUAGCCAUUGUGACACUUCUGGUCACUCUAACUUUGGUGAUUCUCUCCUAUGCAAACAUCAUGCAGACCAUUCUUAGAUUUCCUUCUGCUCAACAAAGGAAAAAGGCCUUUUCUACUUGUUCCUCCCACAUGAUAGUCAUCUCCCUCUCUUAUGGCAGCUGCAUGUUUAUGUACAUUAAACCUUCAGCAAAAGAAGAUGUCACUUUCCAUAAGGGCGUAGGUAUCCUCCAAACCUCAAUUGCUCCCCUCCUAAAUCCAUUCAUUUAUACCCUAAGGAACAAACAAGUGAUUCAAGCUUUCAAGGACUUAGUCCAAAAGAUCACAAGUCACUAA